UAUAACUUCCCAAAGUUUCAUGGUCACUGGAUGAAUAGUAUUCGUAUUAGUGUAGUAAUGCAUAAAUGACAAGCCCACACACAGAAAAGAGAAAGACAAUCAAUUCAAUCAUACAUUCAUUUUUAUAAAUUUAGAUUAUAUUAUAAAUAAUAAUGAUUAUAAUAGAGCUAUGUUUACAAGACAACGAUAUGAAUAAUACCGGGCCAUCCUGCAAAUUUUGAUACUUUUAAUAAUUUAUAGAUGUGGGUAGAUUCAGAGUCGCUCAACUAGCCUGACUCCAGAAACUAAACUAAAAACUUUUUAUUUAGCAGUCAUGUGCCCCAUCAUUCAAGGCAUGGCAGCUGUUGGUGACCAUUGUUUUAUUUACAUGUGAUUUAAGAUCUUGUUUCUGUGGGAUGGAGUAAUUUAGCCACCCAAGAUGGAAACUGUUGCAGCAAUACACAAGUGGUUGAAAAGUGAUUUCAGCAUACAAGUUUCUUCAGAGUGGCUGGCUGCAUGUGUUGAAUGGAUUCAACAAGAACACCAGGGGCAAGAACUCCCAGCACAAGAGUUGAGGUCUCUGGUGUAUGAACAGUGGUUGGUCUCUGACUUGUCUGAGGUCAGCCUGCCACAGCUACCUGCUGAUGCUGCCUCUGCUGACCACACCAAGCUUGGCCAGUGCUCACUUCAGCUGAUUUCUCUGGUGGAUGUGGGCUCUCCCCUGUAUGGGCAGAAAGAAAGGCUACAAGGGAGGCUGAACCCAAACGUGGACGUGUCUGCUGACAAACCUUUCCAGCCUGCUUGGGAACCCAAGCCUCGACGCAUGCUACUGCUGCAGCUGACAGAUGGCCACACCCACAUCCAAGCUAUGGAGUAUCAGACAAUAAAGGAACUACAUGAACAGCUGCCAAGUGGAACAAAGGUUCUCCUGUCAGGGGAUCUGGAAUGCUGGAGUGGAAUAAUUGUACUGCGAGCAGGGAACAUUCAUGUGCUUGGUGGUGAAGUGGACGCACUGUCUGAGAACAACACACCAUUGGCUAACAUUGACAGAGCUAUGCUUCAGCAUAGAGAGUAUGCAGGGGAACACAGGAAAAGAGAAUUUUCUGGAAGGUUCAUCACACGCGUGUCAGCAGAGUGCAAGUUGAAUAUGAAGUUAGAUUCAUCUCAAAUAAAGCAGGAGACAAAAUAUGGCAGCCGCUCUCAGCAUGGCAGUCUGUACAGGCAGGAAGUUAAGGCAGAAAUUUCUUCUCAGCCCUCAUUUCUUUCUCGGCAGAGUUUUGUAAAAAUUGAAUCAAAUCAAAAUAGUUUGAUGGAAAGAAAAAAAGAUAUUCACGAUUUAAGUGAUGAGGUAGACGACCUGUUUGAAGACGACAUAGACCUACAGGAGAUUGAUGCAAUGGAAAGUUCAGCGCGGCAGCGGAGAAGUGUCCCAGCCCUGUGUGACAGUUCCCCAGCCGACGUGCCUUCAUUAGCCACAUGCCAGAUGAGGCCAAUUGAUGAGGAUGUUGACAUGUUUGAUGAUGAUAUUGAGUUGACUGAGAUCAAUCUGGCCAUGGACCCUCAGAGUGUGCAGCAAAACCAGAGGGAAGAAAAGACCAGCUGCUACCCCCUGUUCACCAAGUCUUAUCCCCAUAGAACAGAGAACAAACAGAAUUGUGACCGGCCGUCACCCGACGUGGCUGGCGUAAAUCAAGCCGGUCAAAUGUUGACCCACGGCGCCAUGGCCAGAGGGAAGAGAAAUCCUUUGUUUAAAACCAAACCUGAUUCAUCCUCCACCAGCAGCGUGGUGAGAACUGAGGGCUCAGGGCCAGCCAAGAAACAGUGCAAACUUUCUGACAUGUUUGGGGGGAGAGCUUUGUCUGAACACAGCAGCUUCAAAGUUCCGUCCACCAUUGUUGUUGAUGGCUUGGAUCAUCCUGCUGUCUGCCCUAGAGCUGAUAUGUCCCUACAUGCAACCACCUCCACAUUUUCUCCUGUGAAUACUGCCUUAAAACACACCAAUCACAGCACAGUGACUUCCCCUUACAGCAAUGUUAGCAAGCUGCCUAAAGCUGUCAUCCGCCCCUUCUGUGAUACUCCUGCCACUGAUGAAUGUGUAGCUCCUCCAUUUAGGUAUCUGUCAGAACUAAGCAGUUUAAAGCCUCCAGCUUUGUUAACUGUUAAGGCCUAUAUAUCAACCCUGACAAACAAGCUUGGGUGUGCUGAAGGCAACCAAUGGACAUUGAGCUGCAGAAUUAAUGAUGGCACUGCAACUCUUGAUGUGGACUUCAGUAAUGAUGUCCUGACUAAACUAAUUGGGUUUACAGCAGAAGAGAGUCUUAUGAUGAGACAAAAGGCCAAGACAGAUCCCGGACAGAGACAAAUUGUUACGCAGGGCCUGUACAAGUGUCAGCAAAAGCUGAUCAACAUCUCUUGUCUGAUGGACGUGGCCGUGUCAGGCCAUGGGCUGAAGCCAGUGGUGACCAGACUAGCCGAGGUCUCUAGAGAACAGGUGGACAGCCUGCUGCAGGUGGUGGAAACAUGCCUGAGUCAACACAAGACAGGCAGGUGAUGGGUGACCAACAGACAGGCAGGUGAUGGGUGACCAACAGACAGGCAGGUGAUGGGUGACUGACUGACAGGCAGGUGAUGGGUGACUGACUGACAGGCAGGUGAUGGUGACUGACUGACAGGCAGGUGAUGGGUGACCAACAGACAGGCAGGUGAUGGGUGACCAACAGACAGGCAGGUGAUGGUGACCAACAGACAGGCAGGUGAUGGGUGACCAACAGACAGGCAGGUGAUGGGUGACCAACAGACAGGCAGGUGAUGGGUGACUACCAGAC